GACAGUGAAUCUCUUGCAUGUCUUUCACUCUCCAUUAUAUCAGUACAGAGUUGUUAUAUAACAAGCCAGAGAGAUUCUCCUCGAUUCUCCCCAGUGGGAUUCUGGGCACCUGAUCUCAUGACUUCAUCCCUCACAACAUCAGGAACAGAACAAAAGUUUGUCCCCCGGCUCCUGCGGGGCCCCCGAGCGAGCGCUUUUGGGGUUCACGGCGCGGCGACCUCUGAGGAGAUGCGGCGACGUCCUGAACUCUUCGGCUUCAAAGAGAUCUGCAGGGGGGGGCGGAGCUCAGACGACCUACGAACUGAGCUCUCAGAGAAAGAAGCUGCGCCUUAGCUUGACUUUUUAAACUUUGCGCAUGUGGAUUGUCUUCGAGAAGAUUGCAAGCUCUCAACCAAGACUUUGCGGAAACAGCUUUAAGAUGGAUUCUGACGCAAGCUCCACAUGCAGUCGGUCUUCUUCGCCGGAGCUGGCAGUGGACUCCAGCUUUUUUUCCAACAAGGUGUUUCAAGCCUACUGCGCAGAGAGAAACGGGCAGCCCAGGUCUGACAAAACACCACAGGGCACCGGAUCCGCUGGAAAGACCAGAGCUCGGGGCGAUCUCUCCAAAGACGACCUGCAAGACCUGAGACUCAAAGUGAACAGCCGUGAACGCAAACGCAUGCAUGACCUCAACCAGGCCAUGGACGGGCUCCGAGAGGUGAUGCCCUACGCGCAGGGCCCAUCCGUACGAAAGCUGUCCAAAAUCUCCACCCUGCUCCUCGCCAGAAACUACAUCCUCAUGCUGUCCAGCUCUCUGGAGGAGAUGAAGAAGCUAGUAGGUGAUGUUUAUGGAGCCAGCAAUCAGAGUCACUCGGCUAGACGGGCUGCUCCGGCAUCCCAGUUGCCUCUUCUUUCACUCGCCCCGUCUCUGCACUCUCUGGUGGGCAGCACUUCCCAGCACACCUCUACACCGACGGUGGCCCAAGCCCCUCAUUCUCCACCUUCUGCUGGGUAUCUGGGUUUCCCCGCUCCACCUCUUCCCACCCUGCUGAAAGACCCUCUGCAUCUCUCCAGCAGCUACAGGCAUUUCCCCGGCAUGCCUUGUCCCUGCUCCCUCUGCCAGCCUCUCCCUGCUUCCACGGCCAGCCUGCACAGCCUCUCCAUGGGGAAGUGACUUAGGCGAGGCCCAGGCUCCAGGCUGGAGUAGGCCGAAGUUAAAAUACGGACUCAAGAAGAACUGAAAACAUCUGGAUGCGUUUCUAGAUGUGUUGUAAACAUUGUAAAUGUCCUGUACAGAAUUUCUUUUUUAACAAGCUGCUGCUAUUUUUAUAUCAAAGAAUGUUUUGUACCAUUAUAUAGCGUUUUUGAAUAGUCACUGUUUGAACAUAUGUGCUUGUAUGUUCUUUGUAGCAAAAUGGCAAUUGAAAACGUAUAGUUUUGUUUCUUAAAUUAAAUGUCUAUUAUUAUAAUGAAAAAUACCCAGAUUUUUCAGUGU